CUUAGUAAAAUAUCCAUGUAGCAAAUUAGAAAGAUCAUCUUAAGGCUAUCUUUAAAGUGCCAUCAGUAAAUCAGACUUUAUCCUAAAUUCUGGUACUUGCUCGGGCCACCCAAGUAUGACAUACGGUGGUAGGUUUCUGUUACUAACUUGCUGUAACACUUGUCCCAGUGCUUUCUGUCCGCUGCAUGCCUAGACCACCAGUGUUCUGUCUGGACAGUGUCACCGGAGUAGCCUGAGCGACAUGUUCAGGGCACAGAUCUCAGCUCUGGUAUGUGGUGUUGGUGGGUUUGGAGCUCUCGUUGCUGCCACCACGUCCAAUGAGUGGAGAGUAACCACCCGAGCAUCAUCGGUGAUAACCGCCACUUGGGUUUACCAGGGGCUGUGGAUGAACUGCGCAGGUAACGCGUUGGGUUCUUUCCAGUGCCGGCCGCACUUUACUAUCUUCCAAGUACAAGGAGACACUAAGGCAAGCUGGGACCAAGAGCAGUACAGUGGUGUGACCAGUUCUCCGAAAACCAUCUUCAUCCUCUUCCCACUUAUUCAAGGUUAUAUCCAGGCAUGUAGAGGACUUAUGAUUGCCGCUGUCAGCCUGGGCUUUUUUGGUUCCAUAAUUGCCCUGUUUGGAAUGAAGUGUACCAAAGUCGGAGGCUCAGAGAAAGCCAAAGCUAAAAUUGCUUGUUUGGCUGGGGUUGUGUUCAUACUGUCAGGGCUAUGCUCAAUGACCGGUUGUUCCCUGUAUGCAAACAAAAUCACAACGGAAUUCUUUGAUCCUCUCUUUAUUGAUCAAAAGUAUGAAUUAGGAGCCGCUCUGUUUAUUGGAUGGUCAGGAGCCUCACUCUGCAUAAUUGGUGGCGUCAUAUUUUGCUUUUCAAUAUAUGACAACAACAAAACACCCAGAAUGGCCUACGCAUACAAUGGGGCCACAUCUGUCAUGUCUUCUCGGGCAAAGUAUCACGGUGGAGAAGAUGUCAAAACCGCAAACCCCUCCAAACAGUUUGAUAAAAAUGCUUACGUCUGAAGAGCACUGCUGCAAGCUGUGUCUUGGGUUUGUUAUAAAGGUGAACCGUUCACACAGUGAUCCCACUGGGGCUCUCCUAUAAUUAACACUCAAACUAUUUUUAAAAUAUGAAUUUUUGAAGUUGUUGAUUGUAUGGAUGUAAAUGUUCUUACAUAGUUAUAGACUAAUCAUUUUCUGUUAUGGCUUUCUAUAAAAAAAAUAAACAGGUUAUUUACAGGAUGUGUAUAUAUUUUAUCCCUUUGUAGCAGCAAAGGGGGUCAGGAUGUAUUUUGUAAAGCAGUCUUAAUUAGAUGUUGCAGUCUUUGUGCCCAUUCCUUAUGAUUCUUUCUUCAUAUAUUUAACAGAAAGCGUAUAACGAGUGCUGUCUUGUAAACAGUAAGUCGUCUCGGGGGGCAGUCUGAGACUAUUCCUCAAAAGACGUUCGGGUUGCGUUGACAUGUUCUGGCUGCAUGUUGUGACUUCUAGUUUCUUGUACCUGUUGCCCACUGUCAUUCACAGUGACUGCUCAAGGAAGGGCUAAGGGGCCAAGAUGUUAUGGCCCAUUACCUGGCUAGUCCGCCUUAAAUAACUGCGUAGGCUCCUCUGAUUCAGAAGGCAGUCACUGGGGUGGAGCAUCAGCAAGAGCUGAGCUGGCAGCGCUGACCAUGGCUGCCUUUGAAGCCAACAAAGGAAGUCCUGAAGCCUGCGUGGUACCCGCCUCCCACAGAAGCGACGGGCCAAGUUCUGACAUCUCUUAGGUCCUGUGUGUGGAACUAACCGGGUAAGGGGGAGGCCAUUAUUCAAAUAUGGAAAUUGCUCCAGUGAUUUUUGAACAAAGACAAUGAGUUAUUCCCUAAACCAGCCUUUUACCACAUGUCCAGCACCGUUCUGAACACUUUACAUGCCCUAACUCACUUCAGCCUCACAACCGCCCUCUUAAUAAAGUACUGUUAGGAUCCUGAUUUGACAGAGGAGGAAAUGAAAGC